AUGAAGUUAGUGCUCAAGUUGACGAUUACGAGAACAUUAUCAGAACUGUCUAAUUUCGACCAGCAGCUCCAUCGCUGCGUAUUUGAAAGACGGUUUUCGCAUUUAGAGGAACUUAAUUUCACGGAUGAAUCGACAGAGCCUGAUAUCAAGGAAAUUAUCGAGCGAUACUCUUCCAGGCUCUCUCAGCUCACCGGUAGCAUCAUUACGUGCUAUCCUGUGCUAAAAUUUCUAGAGGUUGACUGCCGAGGUGGACAUUUCGAACCUGUAGAAGAAACUGCCAUAAAUACGCCAGCUAUUGCUGCCGCAGUUGUUACAAAGGAAUUUGUUCCUAAGUCACAAGAUCACUUACGACUAAGGGUUGGAGACAUUCUAUCCAUCAUUGAGAUGAACUCUGCACCACAAACGGAAGGUGUGUUUUGGAAGGCAAAGUUAACAAUAGCUAAUCGGGAACGAGGGCAGGAUUACGAACCACGCAUGGUUGCGUUUUUAGUCCCGCUAAUCGUCGAGAGAUGCUGUGAAGCAAUUGAACAUCAAGGUGUUGUGACAGGAAUCUACCGCCAGUGUGGGAUUCAAUCUAAUAUACAGAAAUUAAGGUGA